UCCUUUGUAACGUUACCCCAGGAAGCAUGCCGCAGUCAUGCACCCAGAGAAACAAACGUUGUCACUUUCGGGAGGUCUGUGGAGAAAAAGACCAAACAGAGACCUAAAAGGUUGCUUUCUUCCCGCAGGUCUUGGAGCAGUCUGGGUGAUAGCCGACUUCUACAGGUUCACCCCUCUCAUUAAUCGCACAAGUCGAGCGCCGAGGGUAUCUUCACAGGCUGAAGGCUCAUGCUUUCCGGCAGUGAAUGUGAAGUGGAUUAUUUAUGGCCUUUGUACUAGAAAGAGAAAUCAAGACUCAUCAAACCAGGCAACAUUUUUCCAGUCUUCAACUGUGCAAUUUUGGAUUUGCACUAUGGCUACAAUUCGCUUUGGACAGCACAUCAUCAAGUCAACGGCUGUGUUCCUGCAGACCGAGUUGUCGUUCGCCCUGGUCAACCGAAAGCCAGUCGUGCCCGGUCAUGUUUUAGUCUGUCCUCUUCGAGUUGUCGAGCGGUUUCGGGAUCUUCGUCCUGAUGAAGUGUCAGAUCUGUUCAUCACUACACAGAGAGUGGCAGACGUUAUUCAGAAACACUUUCAGGCGACAUCCCUAACCAUCGCUAUACAGGACGGACCUGAGGCGGGACAGACAGUAAAGCAUGUCCACGUCCACGUGCUGCCGAGGAAGCCUGGAGACUUUGAAAGGAACGACAGCAUCUACGAUGAGCUCCAGAAACAUGACCGGGAGGGUGAAGACGUUCCUUCCAAAUGGAGAUCAGAGGAGGAGAUGGCCAAAGAAGCAUCUGAAUUACAUAAUCUUUUCAAUUAACCUCUUUAGGAGUGAUGACUAUUAUUCAGAUGGACGACAUCAACAAGUUGAUCAUGUUCUUCUUUUAAACAUCGAAUUAAAAUGAUUUUCUUUUCA